AUGCCGGUUUCUUAUUAUCACGGAGUCGAGAACAACACCAACCCGACGUGGUGGAAGGACCCGUCGCUGCGGCGUAACGCGCUAUGGGUGUCCCUCUCGGCACUCAUGUACGGCGUCAAGGGCUUCGACUCGGGCAUGUUGAACAGUGCACAAGCGGUUCCCCAAUUCUUCCUCCAGUUCCCAACGCUCAAGAACAACUCGGCGCUUCUGGGCCUCACCACUGCCGUCAUGUAUCUACCUGGCCUAUUCUUACCUUUCUUUGGCGCGUGGCUGGCCGAUAAAGUCGGCCGCAAGAUCCCCCUCAUCAUCGCCAUCAUGGGGGCAAUGUUGACGCCCAUUAUACAAGCCACAUCUAAAAAUCUCGGCCAACUCAUCGCAGGCAGGUUUCUCAUGGGCUGCUUUAGUUCGGUUGGCGCCGUGUCGGGUUUGGCCAUGUGUGCCGAACUCUCCCACCCCCGAUUUAGAGCCCAGGCAAUGUCCCUCCAACUCUCCAUGUACUAUAUCGGUAACAUUCUGUGUUCGUCGGUCGCCUAUGCGUGUAUCAAUAAUAUUGGUAACUCGCAAUGGUCAUGGCGUAUCCCUUUCCUUACCCAGUCGGCUUUACCCCUCCUUUGUCUCCCCCUCGCCAUCUGGAUUCCUCAGUCACCACGCUGGCUCGUCGCCCAAGGUCGAGAAGAAGAGGCGAGGAAAAUCCUCGCAAACCUCCACGCAAAUGGAAAAAUGGACGACCCCCUCGUCAACCUCGAGAUGGCCGAGGUCAUGAAUGCCAUCGAGCUCGAGCGGACAAAUACACAGGGAUGGAGCGCGCUGUGGCGCACAAAAGCUAACCGCUGGCGCACGUGGAUUGUCAUCCACUCAGCUGCUGGCGCACAGCUAAAUGGGAUUGGAAUUAUUGCCUACUACCUCGUCCCAAUGCUCAAGGUUGUCGGGAUCACCAACCCCCGCCAACAAUCGGUCCUCAUCAUCGGAAUGGGAGUCAUGAACCUCGGCAUGAACACGGCCGCAACAUACGUUGUGGACCGGGCCGGCCGCCGUCCCAUGUGGAUCUCGUCCACACUCACCAUGCUUAUUUGCCUGAGCGUCAUUACUGGCCUCAGCGCCUCGUUCCAAAAAACCCACAACCCCGCGAUUGGCAACGCAACCGUCGCAUUCAUCUUCCUCUUCUACUGCGGCUUCGACAUUGGAUGGAUGCCCCUCGGCACUCCCUACACCACCGAGAUCCUUCCCUUCGGCAUCCGCGCAAAGGGUAUCGGACUUUCCACCGUCUCGACGUAUGGUGCUCUGUGUUUCAACACUUUUGUCAACCCGAUUGCGAUGUCCAAGAUCUCGUGGCGCUUCUACUUUGUCUACAUCGGGAUUUGCGCGUACCUCCUCGUCGUUGCGUACUUUACGUUCCCGGAAACCAAGGGCCGUACGCUCGAGCAGAUUGGAGUUGUCUUCGGCGACCUCGACGAGACCGCUCUCCACACCCCCCGCCACGCCGACCUGGAAAAGAACCCAGACGUCCAGGUCGAGAAUACACAGGACGACACGGUUCCCACGCUCAACAAGUAG